AUGGCGAGGGCGGCGACGCCUCAGAUCAUCUCUGAUAUCCAAAAUCCCGACUCAACUGCUUCACGGAUUGAGGCUCUGCGGCUGUUGAAAAAUGAGAUUAUCGGGCAUGAUCAAAGAAAGGAAGCCUGGAUUGGAUGGGGUAUCAUUCCGUUAUUAUCGCAGAUUUUAGCAGGCCGAAGAGGGGCGGGCAAAAAGACUACCGGCGGAGAGGUUAAUGGACAUACAAGACGUCAACAUUUGGCAAGGAGCAGGAGCGGUAGAUCAGAUGAUGAUGAAGUCUGCUUACAAGCCAUUCUCAUUAUUGGCAGCUUAGCCCAAGAUAGAUUCCCGUUAUACCAGCAGCAAAGCUUGCCACAUGCGAAACAGCUAUCUUCCCUCCUCUACUCUCGAGACCAUGUUGAGACUCUUCGUAGACUUCUAAUUGGCUCGACAUCCUCCUCUAGCCAGCGGCCCGUUACCCUUGCUGCCAAUUUAAUUGCAAAAACAUGUUCAGAAGAGAGUUACAAGGCUAUUCUGGGGGAGUCCGGUGUGCUGGAUGCACUGGCUUUCAAACUUUCUACCUUUGUGGUUGCCCAGGGAUUCGUUCUUCCUGGUGCUGAGAAUAAUAUUAUGGACUCUGGCGCUCUGAAAACCUUGCCACCUGCUGCACCGCCAAACGCGCAACUAGCUCCUAUUCUCAGAGCCAUUACCUUAAUAAUCGAAAAUUCAAAGUCUCGCGCAGAGCACUUUGUCUCAUCCCCCGCGGUGGUAGCCGUUUUUCCUAAGCAGAUCCCUGAAUUUUCCCCUAAUGAUAUCAAAAAGUCUCCAUGGGGGGCAACAUAUUUCUCAGGGUUCGCCGUUCCUCGCCACAGUGCCACGAAUCCAAUCGAUGCAAUCCUACCCUCUGUCCCAGCUGCACAAUCUAAAAACUCGAAUUUUCCGCCUCUCGGAUCUCACACCUCAUUUGGGAGACAGAGCAAUUUCUUUAGUCCUCCCCUUUCUUUUUCGGAAACUCCCUCAUCAGAUGAGGAUGAAAGUGCCCUCAUAUCAUGGCUGUUUACCGUUAUCCGAUCUGAGUCGAGUCAGACUCGUCUCGUAGCGGCGAGGCUGGCAACGCUUCUCUUCCGGUUAGGAUUAGCAAAAAAGCAUCGAGUGCCAAUGUUCGGCUACUUAUUGAUCCCACUCCUAAUUCGCAUAUUUGAGAAGGAUUACGAAGCGCCUGGAGAUGUCAGUAUUCAUGAAAGCGCGCUGAUAUCGACAACCCUACGAGCCAAAGAAGAGGCGCCUGCGAUUCUUGCGUCGCUAGUCAUGGAUAGCCGUGAACUCCAAAAGCAUGCAGCGGAAGCCGAGGCGAUACCUAAGCUCUCUCAAAUGCUUAAAGAGACUUUCAGUCCGAUUUCUGAGGCAGCAAAGCCUAUGUGGAAUUCAGAUAAAAACCUUGCCACAACGUCAAACCCCACUCAGCCAGAACUAUGCCUUGGACCUCGCGGUUGCUCUCCUGCGGUGUACCACAGAAUGAAAGUUCGCGAAGGAGCUCUGAAAGCCCUCGCUGCAUUGUCGCUUUUUAAGGAGGAUUACCGAAGAAUGAUCUGCGACAAUGGCGUCGUGCCAUAUAUUAUUGAUUCAAUGAAGCCAUGUGAAGAGGAUUCUCUAGAAACACUCGACUGCAACCCGCCUUCAACGCUCCUUGCAGCAUGUGCAGCUGCAAGGUCUCUUACACGAUCUGUGAGCGCCCUGAGGACAAACUUGAUCGACGCUGGUGUGGCUACUCCAAUGUUCACAUUAAUCAAAUUUCGGGAUAUCGCUGUACAGAUUGCCGCAACGUCCGUGGUGUGCAAUCUGGCAAUGGACUUUAGUCCUAUGAAAGAUGGAAUGUCCCUUUCUUCCCCGAUUCCUCUGUCGCUCUGCCACCUUGACACUAACCAUGUUGAAGAACUGGAACCCGGGUGGUUAAAGCAGGUCAUUUGCCACGACCCAGGCGACCCGCCAAUCCGGAGGAAAGGGGAAGAUGACAUGGGUGGUACAUCUUCUCUUGGAAUGGAGGCGCCGAACUCCGCUGGAGAACGAGUCGACAUUCUCAACCCUAUGGAUGGGGUUGAAGGAGAAACAAUACCAGGCCAGGAUGGGGACUAUAACAUGACAAAUACCGUCGUGUCGCCCAAACCAACAAGCCUUGAUGUUUCCCUCAUUGAUUAUUCCAGACGACGGAAGCUUGCUGUUAGUGGCGACCUUGAUCAAACGAAACAAGCUCGACGGGAUGAUCUGCAAGUUCAAGAACAGACGCUUGACUUGCUCCGAAACCUGAUCUGUGGCGUAGGCGCACCAGAAAUGAUCGAUUAUCUCUUCCAGGAAGUGGGUCAAAAUGACCUCUUCAACAUUCUUGCAGACAAGUUACGCCCAAAGCCGAUUGUUAAAUACGGCGGCCGCAAAGAUUCCUUAUCCUCUUCGUCCAAGUGCAUCCCCGUGCCAACAGAGAUUCUCUGCUCUGUCACAUAUAUUGUGAUCCAUAUCGCCGCUGGCCUGCCCCGACACCGGCAGCUAUUAAUUCAACACCCUACUUUAUUAAAACUUAUGAUGCCCCUGUUCAACAACCCAGAUAAACAGGUGCGAGUGAACUGCGUGUGGGUAGUUAUCAAUUUAACAAUUGCAGACGAUCAAAUGGAUCAUGCCAGCUGCUGCGAGCGGGCUAUGAAACUCGAGAGCCUGGGCGUGAUGGAAAAGCUCCUUAGUUUGGAGAACGACGCCGAAUCAGAUGUGAAAGAGCGGACCAAAACCGCCCUAUCCUUGAUGCAUGCUUUGCUUCAGUGA